UCCUGGCAUCAAUUAUUCUGUUGCGGAAGAAUACAAAUGUACGUCCGGAUAUCGAUGGCUAGCAGAGGAAAGGAAAUGUGAAGCAUGUUCUUACUGGACUUACGGUGAUUCGUGUAAACAAAAAUGCAACUGUAUCCCAGAAAAUUCGCUGUUUUGUGAUCACGUGACUGGAACUUGCCGAUGUGCCUUAUGUAAUCUAUGUGAUGCUACCAACACGGAAGCCUGCGGCCAAGAUACUGGGUUUGCUUGUCAGUGUAAGAUCGGGUAUAGUGGCAUGAAUUGUGAAAGUUCAUGUAGCGCCUGGAAAUACGGGGCUGGUUGUGGAAGUGAUUGUACAUGUGUACAGGCUAAUGCUGUGUCCUGUAACAACAUUAAUGGUACCUGUACCUGUAAGCCAGGUUAUAUAGGGCUUAACUGUGAAACUGCUUGUUCUAAUAACACCUUUGGCGCGAGCUGUGAACAAACUUGUCUCUGUGAUCCCAAUAACACCCUCACGUGUGACAAUGUGAAUGGAACAUGUACAUGUGCAACAAAUUAUGCAGGCCCGACCUGUAAUGAGAAAUGUUCAGAAAACACCUUUGGGGCAAACUGUGUAGGGCUUUGUGAUUGUGCAGCUGGUCAGACAUCUCUUUGUGACAAAACGACAGGUGUAUGUGUGUGUAACAGUGGCUGGGAGGGAACUAGGUGUGACGAAGUGAGUGCCUUUUCACUGCUUGACUAUCCAGCCCUGGUUGCUGGUCUUGGGUUCCUGGCCGCGGUGGUCCUCGUGGCAAUUAUCGUAUUAAUUCUGUGGUGCGCUUGCAGAUGUUCCUGUCGAGAGCUAAAAUCUCGGUCACGAAGGAAAAAAGAUUUUAUUGAACUGACUGAUGGGCCUAUAACUGCUACAGCCCCAACAGGAGGACUUUCAUCAUCAACAGCACCAACGCCAAUCAAGACUCCUGGGGAUAAAGGAAUACAGAACGAUAAUGACGGGGUAUACUAUGGUCGGGAUGUAUUAGAUAAAUCGUCCAAACCUACAGGACAAGAUCCACCGGUGGCGCCACCUGUUGCUACUGGUGGUGACGAGUACUAUUACGCAGAUGGCAUUGCUGCUGCUGCUGCGGCGGCGGCUGCUGCUGCUGGGAAAGGAAAAGGCGGAAAAGAUUUCAACCCACAGAAAGAUGUUCCAGUGGCAUCUACUACCGUGUAUCAAAACUUGGAGUCAAAAUCCGGAACAUCAAGUCCACGACCCAAACACAGUGCGAUAAAAACACCCCUUCCUCUUCUGCCUGGAGCCAAGACUACUACACAGCCAGUUUACGGCAAUACUGGUGUCGAACUGCAGGACGAUUACGCUAACUCAGACGCAAGAGUUGUGUCGGAAACUUAUGCUAAUUUGAAUUAA